CGCGGACCAGUCCCGCUUUAAGACGCGCGUUCCCGCGGGCCGGUCCCGCUUUAAGACGCGCGUUCCCGCGGGCCGGUGUCGCUUUAAGACGGCGACCGGGUGGCGGAGCCCGAGUUCGGGAUAUUAUUUUGCUGGCUUGACAACUAUAAUUGUACAGAAAAUUAUUUCCUGUGGAUAUUAGCCAUCAAUCUCCUGCACCAUGAGGAUGGAUGUGGAAGAAGGAAAGGGAGGGACAGGCCUCCGCCAAUAUUAUCUAUCAAAGAUAGAAGAACUUCAGCUCAUUGUUAAUGACAAGAGUCAGAAUCUCCGACGUCUGCAGGCUCAAAGAAAUGAACUUAAUGCCAAAGUGCGCAUGUUGCGGGAAGAACUACAGUUAUUACAGGAGCAGGGGUCUUAUGUAGGAGAGGUGGUUCGAGCCAUGGACAAGAAGAAGGUGCUCGUCAAGGUUCAUCCAGAGGGGAAAUUUGUUGUGGAUGUUGACAAGAACAUUGAUAUUAAUGAUGUAACUCCGAACUGUCGCGUGGCAUUGAGAAAUGAUAGCUACACGCUUCACAAAAUCUUGCCCAACAAAGUGGACCCUCUGGUGUCUCUCAUGAUGGUUGAGAAAGUUCCGGAUUCUACCUAUGAAAUGAUAGGUGGCUUAGACAAACAAAUCAAGGAGAUCAAAGAGGUUAUUGAACUGCCUGUGAAGCAUCCUGAACUGUUUGAAGCUCUUGGCAUUGCUCAGCCGAAGGGUGUGCUGCUGUAUGGACCUCCAGGAACUGGGAAGACUCUGUUAGCUAGAGCAGUGGCCCAUCACACUGACUGCACGUUUAUCCGCGUUUCUGGCUCUGAACUUGUGCAGAAAUUCAUUGGGGAGGGUGCUCGCAUGGUACGUGAGUUGUUUGUCAUGGCCAGGGAACACUCUCCAUCUAUUAUCUUCAUGGAUGAAAUUGACUCUAUUGGUUCAUCGCGGUUGGAAGGAGGUUCUGGUGGUGAUAGUGAAGUGCAGCGCACCAUGUUGGAGCUUCUCAACCAGCUAGAUGGGUUUGAAGCCACUAAGAAUAUUAAGGUAAUCAUGGCAACAAACAGAAUUGAUAUCCUCGAUCCUGCACUGCUGCGACCAGGACGAAUUGACAGGAAAAUAGAAUUUCCUCCUCCAAAUGAAGAGGCCCGUCUUGACAUUCUGAAGAUUCAUUCUCGAAAGAUGAACUUAACACGUGGCAUCAAUUUGCGCAAGAUUGCUGAACUAAUGCCAGGAGCGUCGGGUGCAGAGGUCAAGGGUGUAUGCACAGAAGCUGGCAUGUAUGCCUUGAGAGAACGAAGAGUUCACGUUACACAGGAAGACUUUGAAAUGGCAGUGGCCAAGGUGAUGCAAAAGGACAGCGAGAAGAACAUGUCCAUCAAAAAGCUUUGGAAGUAAUUGCAUGCAGUGAAGUUGGUUGACAAGUGACUUUACCGUUUGAAAAUGUCAAGUGAUUUGAAGCUUUGUCUUUAAUAAAUGUCAUUAAAAGAAACGUGUUCGUUAAUGGUUAA